GUACAUCCCCGCCCCAUGCGGCAGCAUGCAAUGGCUGGGAAGCAUGCAAAAGCAUGCAAUGGCUGGGAAGAAUGCAAUGGCAGCAUGCAAUGGCUGGGAAGCAUGCAAUGGCAGCAUGCAAUGGCUGGGAAGCAUGCAAUGGCAGCAUGCAAUGGCAGGGAAGCAUGCAAUGGCAGGGAAGCAUGCAAUGGCAGGGAAGCAUGCAAUGGCUGGGAAGCAUGCAAUGGUAGGGAAGCAUGCAAUGGCUGGGAAGCAUGCAAUGGCUGGGAAGCAUGCAAUGGCUGGGAAGCGUACUGAGCAUAACAUAGAGACAUUUCUUGAGGAACAUGCCGAGCAGGUGGGUUCGUCUACAUUUGAUGGCAUGGCCUCCUGGACUCUGAUCAUGGAGACAAAGGAAGGGUCACGAUUUCAGUUCCUAGUGAUCGAGGAGCAAGUCGAGUAUUCUCGUCGACUACACUGCGAUCAUUGUCGUUGUGUUGGUUGGAGUCAUCAUCCAGUAUCAAAUAAGCGAUAUCACUUCAUUUUGCCUGCGGGGGAUGUGUACGACGCGCCGUUUUUCGGGAAAGGGAGGAACAUAUGUCCCCAUUGCGAUCAGAUAGUUCCGUCCAGCAUGCUGGUCUGCACGUUCUGCGGCAUAGAGACCGGGCAGCUGAGUUUUUUCGAUUUGGAGAGCCAUCUGCUCCACGGUAUAUUCCACUCCAACGGCUACGGUCAUCUCACUAGAAUCAACGGUCGCGAGAAGGGUUCCAAAUACCUAAGUGGCAGGGAGCUCAUGGAUCUGUGGGAUCGCAUCUGCACCAUGCUUCGAGCGCGAUGGUCCGUGAAGAGGCUCGAACUCGCGACUCAAGUCAUCGUGGACGCCCUUCGAAGCUGCGGAAAACAAUGGCUCCCCCGUCAGGAGGUGAGAGACGCUGCACGCCUUCAUAUCGGCGACACAGGCCUUUUGGACUUCGUCCUCAAGUCCUUAGGUAACCGUGUUGUCGGCGACUAUGUGGUCCGCCGAGCCGUCAACGCCCAGACGAAGGUACUGGAAUACAGCCUGGAGGAGGUGCAGCAGGAGGCCGGUCAUCGCGGGGCUGGGCCCAAAUCCAACGGCGGGCCCAGAGUGGGCGGCUACUACGGGACCGAUCACGGGGGAAUGGUGGAGAUCGGCAGAGCGGAAGUCCUGCGCGACAUCGUCGUGAUAUAUAAACACGUGUUGGAAAACUACAAGCCGGCCAAGAGGGGGACCACCAACAGCGCGCUUUGCGUUAUGCCCCGGGCGACUCGGAUCAUACUGGACACCAAGCAGUUCGUGAAGAACUACCACGGUGAGAAGACGAGACGUUCCUUGAUGAGUGACUGGGAUGUGGACGACGACGUGAUGUUGCGGAUCUUGUGUGUGGUCGUGCUUGACGACGUCGAGGAGGAUGCUUAUGUAGUGAGCAAAGGCACUGGAAGCAGAAGCAACGGCAGAGGAGUGGGAGGAGGCGGGGGGGCCGGGGGGGACGGGGAGGAGGAGGGGGAGGAGGAGGGGGAACGCCCAGGCCGAGGAGCACCUCCUGCGGAGCUGGUGGUCCUCCCUCCACACUCCGCCGUGGGCGAUCUCAAGAGGGAGGCCGAACGGGCAUUCAGGGCCACUUACCGCAUCCUGGAGGGCUUCACAGUGACCACAAUCGUGGAGCUGGCAGAUUUAGAAGACGACGACCUGCUGUUCGGCAACAUCGAGUCCGGCAGCACUGUGAGGGUUCAGGGCGUGGACGCGGAUAUCGCCAGCGAGUGGAGGUACGAGGGCGGCAAUGACUCCUGGGUCGUCGAUUGUCCCUGUGGGACUAAGGACGACGACGGGGAGAGGAUGGUCGCCUGCGAUAUCUGCGAAGUCUGGCAGCACACACGAUGUGGGGGUAUUGGCGACAUGGCUGCAGUUCGGCAAAGGUUCAUCUGCACCAGGUGCAGUGCCAACGGGAACAGCAGCGCCUCUGGGAUUAGCAAAGCCGGGUCAAGGCUACCUGGCGCCGGCGUGGCCAAUCAGCAUCAGCAUCAUCAUCAUCGUCAUCAUCAUCACCAUCAACUUGGGGGGCCACUCUAGUCAAGCAAAGUGAAAAGAGGCUCCACAUUGACGAG